UUUGCUUCUACAACUGAAUCUAUUCUCCCUCCAUAUUUAAAAAAUACAUAAAAGCCAAAAGCCAAAUCAAAUUAGAUCAUCUUUUCCUUUUCUCACGCUCAAAUUCUUCAAUCACAAAUCAUUCCCUUUCGCUCCAUAACCAGAACCCUAACAAUGGCUCCAGUUGAUCCUCACUCGUUCACCGAUUCCACUCACCCACUCACUACCCACAUCUCCCUUUCUCUCUACUUCGACUUUGCUUCCUCCACCAUCUACUCCACUGCUCUUCUCUCUCUUUCCGCCGCUCACACUGGCCCUAUCUCUAUCGACACCCGCUCUCUCACCAUCUACAAAGUUCUUGACCCCCAAACCCUAAUCCCUCUGCCUUUUACUCUCUCUCCGCCGGAUCCAAUCAAGGGUAGCCUUCUCACUGUCUCUCUCCAUAAUCAUGCUUCAGUUUUAAUCUUCUUCUGCACCUCUCCAGAUUCCUCUGCUCUCCAGUGGCUGUCUCCGCCCCAAACUUUUGGAAAAAUCCAUCCUUUUGUUUUUACUCAAUGUCAAGCCAUUCACGCCCGUUCUGUUUUCCCUUGCCAGGACACACCUGCUGCUCGCAUUUGUUAUUCUGCCAGAUUAAACAUUCCUCGCCAGCUUUAUGCUGUUAUGUCGGCCAGACAUUCCGACCGCAGACAGCCUGUUCCUGCGGAUUUGAAUGAGAAGGUAAUAGCAGAUGUUGGGUUUGAUUUGAUGUCGUUGUGGUGUGCUGAAGGGAGAAUAGUGGAGGAAUUCGUUAUGGAGCAGCCAAUUCCGCCGUAUUUGUUUGCCUUCGCGGUUGGGGAAUUGGGUUUCAGAGAGGUGGGUCCCAGGACUAAGGUUUAUUCGGAGGCGGUCGCUGAAGUGUUGGAUGCGGCGGCGAGGGAGUUCGCAGAGACUGAAGAGAUGAUAAGGCAGGGAGAAAAGUUGUUCGGACCGUACGAGUGGGAGAGGUUUGAUUUGUUAGUGUUGCCCCCUAGUUUUCCUUAUGGGGGAAUGGAAAAUCCCAGAAUGGUGUUUUUGACGCCAACAGUGAUUAAAGGGGACGCAAGUGGCGCCCAGGUAGUAGCACAUGAAUUGGCUCAUAGUUGGACUGGGAACCUGAUUACUAACAAGAAUAAUGACCAUUUUUGGUUGAAUGAGGGUUUUACAACAUAUGCAGAAAGAAGAAUUGUUGAGGUCGUGCAAGGAGAAGAUAGAGCUGUACUGAAUAUUGGAAUUGGCUGGAGGGGUCUAAAUGAGGGAAUGGAGAGAUUUAAGGACAAGCUGGAGUUCACCAAGCUCAAAACCAAUCAGGAAGGAGUGGAUCCAGAUGACUUAUACUCAGAAAUACCGUAUGAGAAGGGCUUCCAGUUUCUAUGGCGCAUAGAACGCCAGAUUGGAAGACCUGCAUUCGAUGAGUUCCUCAGGAAAUAUAUUGCUACUUUCAAGUUCAAAUCAAUUGAUACAGAUAUGUUUCUCGAUUUCUUGAAAGCAAAUGUCCCAGGAAUAGAGAAGGAUAUUGAUCUUCAAUUAUGGACCGAGGGUACUGGCAUCCCUCCAGAUGCAUAUGAGCCAGUUUCCAAUUUAUAUACAAAGAUUUUAUCACUUGCGAAUGAGUUUAAGCUUGGCAGGAUGCCUAGGGAGGAUGAAGUUGCUGAUUGGCAAGGGCAAGAAUGGGAACUCUACUUAGAAAACCUGCCCAAAUCUGUUGAAGCUUCUCAGAUGUUAGCUUUGGACGCACGCUACAGGCUGUCAGAAUCAAAGGAUUAUGAGGUGAAAGUAGCAUUUCUCCAACUGGCCAUUUCAUCUAGUUGCAGAGAUUACUAUAAUGUGGUGGAGAAAACUUUGAAGGAAGUUGGGAGGAUGAAAUACCUUCGACCACUCUACACUUCUCUAGUUCAAGGCACCGGAAAAGACGAAGAAAAGAUUUUGGCUAAAAGAGUGUUUUCGGAGGCUCGCGAAUGCUAUCACCCUAUUGCUCAAGGUGUUGUUGAGUCCAUCUUUGCCAAGCACAUGUAGAUGGAGGAUAGUAUACAAUAAUACAGUGUCUGAACCUAAUUUACAGACCUUUGGUCUUUGAGAACUAGGACGACGCUGGUGACCUCUGAUCUGUUAAUUAUACUGGACAGAAAGACUAAGUAUUAAUAUAAUUAUAAUUAUAACUUACUGACA